AUGUUGACAUGCGUAAAAAACCACUUCCCCCAAAGCUGUCACGGCGCGCUUCCGCCUCCCAUUGGCUGCUCGCUCCAGCCGCAGCCCCAGAGAAUGAAUGAAAUUGAAAUAGCUGCUACAUUACAUGUACAAUUCCGGGCUCUGCAGUGUUGCAUUCUAUCACACUGUAUCAAAAUGGCCACAGCGGUGCAGAACCCCCUCAAAUCGCAAUCUGGAGGUGCAGUCAUCAAGAACAGUCUUGGUGAGGAGUUUUAUAAGGAGGCCAUUGAACACUGUCGCAGCUACAAUGCCCGUCUGUGUGCCGAGCGCUCCAUGCGUCUCCCCUUCCUGGACUCCCAGACCGGCGUGGCCCAGAGCAACUGUUACAUCUGGAUGGAGAAGAACCACCGUGGACCGGGCCAUGCACCAGGUCAGUUGUACACAUAUCCUGCACGCUGCUGGCGCAAGAAGAGACGGCUAAACAUGUUGGAGGACCCACGGCUCGUCCCCAUCGAGUUCAAAAUUGACUACGAGGCUUCGCUAAAGAAGGAGGGGGGCAUCCCGGAUGGGCCUGUGCUGGAGUCGCUUCUCGCCGGGGAAACCCUGGACAAGAAGGUAGAAACCAAGGAAGAAGAGCCAAUGAGCGAGUGUCAGAAGUUGCUUGUCGGGGAUUUCCCUCACGACCUGGAGGUGGAUGAGAUGGAGGAGGACGUUCCGAAGCGCAAGAACCGUACCAAAGCACGGGCCUACGGCGUCGGGGGCAUGAGAAAGAGACAAGAGCUGCCUGCCAUUGAAGACAGAGACAAGCCUUACGUCUGUGACAUUUGUGGAAAGCGCUAUAAGAACCGCCCAGGGCUGAGUUACCAUUACACUCACACCCACCUGGCAGAUGAGGAGGGGGAGGAAGACUCAGAGAGACAUACACUACCCUUCCAGCGCAAGAACAACCACAAGCCCAAGAAAGCACCGGACGGCUCAGUGAUCGCCAACGGCUACUGUGACUUCUGCCUCGGUGGUUCAAAGAAGACCGGCUGCCCUGAAGACCUUAUCUCCUGUGCAGACUGUGGACGCUCAGGCCACCCAUCCUGUCUGCAGUUCACAGUGAACAUGACGGCUGCUGUGAGGACUUAUCGCUGGCAGUGCAUCGAGUGCAAGUCCUGCAGCCUGUGUGGCACCUCUGAAAACGAUGACCAGCUGUUGUUUUGUGAUGAUUGUGACAGAGGCUACCACAUGUACUGUCUGAGCCCUCCCAUGUCUGAACCACCAGAGGGGAGCUGGAGCUGUCAUCUGUGUCUGAGACAACUGAAGGAGAAGGCCUCAGCCUACAUCACCCUCACUUAAUCUGCGAAAGCUGCGCCUCGUCCUCUCGGCCCUUCAUCCUUUCCCAAGCCACCUCUCCAACGCCCCCCUCUCUGUGCCUCAGCUGCCUCCCUCCUCCUCUGAUCUCCUCGUCGCCACCUCCUCCACAGCUUGUCCCCGCGACCUUUGACAUGACCGAGCACACAGCACCCACAGCUCCAUACUCAUUCUUAAAACCAUUCUCCAGCAGCAAGCCAACCUCUGUCCUUUGUGUCAUACACGCUCCCUGUUGUGCUUGAGCGGCCUCCACCCUUACUUCUGAGGAAUUCAUCAGCUGACUAUAAGUUUGCUAGUGAGACAAACACUCCAGCCUGCCAA